GAAAACAGAUCUGAACUUACUGCUUGAAUGCCUUAAAUAUCAGAUGGACUGCCCUCUGUCUCAGAAGGAGGCUUUGAUCACUAUCUAUUCCAUUUGCCAACAAAACAGUGAAGCGAGUGAAUACUUUCGAGAAAUUGGUGGUUUGAUGUUUAUAAAUGACCUUGCCAAGUCGAGUGCUCAUUGCAUCGUAAAGGAAGCAGCUUUAUUUACAUUGGGGAUUAUUAUAGAGAGUAAUGUGUAUUGUCAACAGACUUUGUGUACUUCUGCAUUGUUUGAAGACCUCAUUUUAUUUUUAAUUAAAAAGGAUUCUGGUGUGAACUUGAAAAGAAUGUCUGUUUAUGUCAUCUUAGUACUGGUGUCAAAUAAUAAAAAUGGGCAAACCCAUGUCAGAGACACAGGCUGCAUCAGCCUGCUGCUGCAGUUAUUCAGAACAACUCUCUCCACGUCUGAGAAGAAUCUGCCAGCUGAAAACACUGAUCCCUGCUAUCAGCUCUGGUCCUCAGUGUGCAGCACUCUCUGUGCCUGUGUCAACAACCCCCAGAACGAAGAUAAUCAGAACAUUUGCUGUUCAGUUUUUCCCUAUGCCAAAGAGUGGCUCGAGAGUUGCACAGAGCCUGAGAUAGUUCGUCCCAUCUGUUCAUUUCUUGGUCUCACAAUUGCAAAUAACUCAUAUGUGCAGAAAUAUUUUGUUUCUAUUGGAGGAUUGGAUACAUUAGCCAAAGUUCUCCUUGAGCUUAUGCAUGAUUCCUGUUUGAGUCACUCCAGCAUGAAGCUUGCCGUGGUUGUAACAAAGACUCUGGAUGCCUGUAUUGCUAAUAACUCUGCCAUGGGUGUUGUCUUGGCAAAGUAUCACACUGUGUCAGAGCUGCUGAAGCUGCUGUCCAAUGAGACACUGAGCACAGGAGAAAAAAUCAGUAUUAUUCUAACAAUUGGACACUGUACUGAAGUUUGUGAAGAGAACCAGCGUGAGCUGCUUCAGAACAACGGGCUGCCACUCAUGAUUCAGGUAUUGACAGAGUCUCAGGACGAGGAACUCAUCAAAGCUGCUACUUUUGUGCUGCAGAACUGCAAACAAAUGAGACAUUAUUGAGACUGGUAGAACAAUGAAAGCUCUGCUUUCAAAAAUAAAAGACAAGAAACCAAUGAUAGUAAAAGCCUGCUCCUUAAAACGACAUGUCAGAAUCCAGGAAACAGACCAGACUGUCUUCAAAGCGGCCGUGCAGGCACUCUGUGUGAAGGUUUGCCACACACUCAUGGAUAACAUGGCUCACAUCUGUGUUCUGAAAGAGAAUGCAAAAGAGAAAUACAGGAUAUCAUAAUGUCAGUCUUCUGGAGCACUAAUUCCUGGCUGCUGAUUAGGUGAUAAACCAUUACACCAGGAAAUUACUUCUGCUCCUUGUGUGUCCCUAAGAACCAGAAGCUACCUGUUACUGUCCAGGACCUGCAGCUCGCUGAUUCCCACUUGUACUAUGCGCUGAACACCAACUGUUGAGACCCUGGGUUUUUCCCGUCGCGAAGGUGCAGCCCGGAGCUGGGGCCGAGGGUCUGGCAACGAGGAGCGUUGCCAGCGUGCACGUCACGUUCCGCGCCCCGGAGCGGAUUCCUCCCCCUCCGCCCGGGGACCGGGGGGGCACCAGGGCUGGAAGGAGCGGGGAUCGAGGCCCCCCCGAC